AUGACGGAGGACUUUCCCCAGCGGCGGCGGCCAGUCCCCACGGGCAGAACCAGCUCUACUUCCGGCCUGCCGCCCUCCACUACUGCUGCUUCAACAACUACGCCAACGACCACCUCCACCAACGACCACCCGCUCUUCUCCUCGGCCACAACGGCGACUGCUACGGCUAUUGCUUUCGCAUCUCCUACUGCUACAGCUCUAUUUCCUCUCUCCACCACCACCAACACUGCCUUCCGCCCUCGAACUCGAUCCCGGUCGCAGCCCUACCUCCCAUCCUCCUCCCACCCCUCCUCCACCCUAGACCGUCGGCCAGUCCGUGCCCACGAGGGAGGUUUCGUGCAUCCCGCCUCCUUUCUCCGGCCGCGAGGUCUGUCACAACCAAUGCCCCCAGCUCAGCCCGAGAGGGCCAUCGAUCGGGAAGAGCGUCAGGGCCUACGUGCCAUCCGCAAUUUCCUCAAAGUCCGUACUAGUUACGAUGUGCUCCCCCUUAGUUUCCGACUCAUAAUUUUCGACACUUCGUUGUCCGUCAAGGAGAGCUUGAACAUCCUCAUCCAAAAUGGCAGGUGUAUCGUCUCGGCUCCGUUGUGGGACUCCAAGGCCUCGACUUUUGCCGGUCUUUUGACCACCUCCGACUACAUCAACGUCAUCCAAUACUACUUCCAGAACCCGGCUGCGCUGAACCAGAUCGACCAAUUCCGGCUCGACAGCCUCCGAGAGGUGGAAAAGGCGUUGGGCGUCGCUCCUCCCGAGACGAUAUCGAUCGACCCUGAACGUCCCCUGUAUGAGGCCUGUCGGCGCAUGCUGGAGUCGCGCGCUCGCCGUAUCCCCCUCGUCACAUAUGACAGUCAAACCGACCGCUCUCUCGUUCUUAGCGUCGUUACUCAGUAUCGCAUUCUCAAGUUCGUUGCGGUCAAUGUCCCAGACACCCAGAAGUUGCGCAAGCCGCUUGGUGAGAUCCUGCUGGGUUCAUACCAGAAUGUCGCAACGGCAUCCAUGGACACCCCUGUCAUUGAUGUCAUUCAUAUUCUGGUCGAGCGGAGCAUAUCCAGUGUGCCGAUUGUGAAUUCUGAGGGAGUGGUCUACAACGUCUUCGAAGCAGUUGAUGUGAUCACCUUGAUCAAAGGCGGGGUGUAUGAUGAUCUCAGCCUAACAGUCGGAGAGGCGUUGAAAAAGCGGUCUCCAGAUUUCCCGGGCAUCUACACAUGCUCCCUGAACGAUGGUCUGGACACCAUCUUCGACACGAUUCGCAAGUCUCGCGUCCACCGCCUGGUUGUGGUGGAUGAGAACUUCCGGCUCAAGGGCGUCCUGACCCUGAGCGACAUCCUGCAGUAUAUCCUCCUUGAGGGCGAAACUGAUGAGCUAUCAUGA